ACCGCCGGUGCGGCCGACCCUCAAGCUACCACCCUGGAAGAGGCCGCCGGUGCGGCCGACCCUCAAGCUAGCACCCUGGAAGAGGCCACCGGUGCGGCCGACCCUCAAGCUGACACCCUGGAAGAGGCCGCCGGUGCGGCCGACCCUCAAGCUACCACCCUGGAAGAGGCUGCCGGUGCGGCCGACCCUCAAGUCAGCCCCUCGGAAGAUGGGGCCUAUGCGGCCGACCCAUAUGCUGCCACACCGGAAGAGCCUGCCGAUGCGCCUGAGCCCCACACCGGGCCCUCGGAGGACGCUGCUAGUGGGCCCGAACCUUCCUGGGAAGGUGCCAGCAGUGCGCUCGACCGUCAGGCCGGUCCCGCAGAGGAUGCCACAUUUGCGCCCGACUCUCAACUUGUCCCCGCCGCGGCAGAUGCCAUUUGCAGCCGGCCUGCUGAGAUACUUCCCGCGGCGUUUGAGGGGCAUGGAAUGCACCGCGUCACCGCUGCUCAACCCAUGGUUGCAGACGGUGAUAUCCCUGCAAUGAACGCCCCAGCUCAGCAUGUUGCAGGAGCCACAGCACGGGCUGCGGAUGCCUCUACCGCACCCACGGCCAUUAGCGUUAUUGCGCCUUUGCGAGGCGCGGGUCUGGGCCUGUCAGCUGCUGUGGCGGCGACCGUGUCAACACUGCUGUGGGCCGGCCGGCGCCGCCGGCCUCGUCGCCACCGCAACUGGGGUGGUACUUGGAAGUCGGUAUGGGACGUAGGCCCCGUCCCAUCCGCAAGAAGAAACAUUCCCCCAGCCACCGCUCAAGUCGAUGGCGCUGGCCCCAUCGGUCAGCCUCACGAUACAGCUAAUGGCCUGUACAGUGCCUAUGGUAGCGGCGUGGCGUACGACGCGUAUGGCGGAACAGAUCCAUACGGGUAUUCUGCUGCUGGGGCUGCUGGCUUUGACGCCGGCGCGGUGCUCGGUGAUGCCGGACCGCAUGGUGCAGUGGGCAAUGGUCACGGCCAACCGACCGAGUAUGACACGGAAUAUCACAACCAACCCAUGAGCCCGCGUCGCUUCCUUCGGGACGUUCCCGCUGACGAGGGCCUCCUGGAUUGUUACUAUCUGCGCUCCAAUCGGCUGGUUCCCCGAGGCAGUCCCCGCAGUCCGCGUAGCCCAGGUGGCUCUGGGGUUACGUUUGGCAGCGGGGCCGCAGCUGGCAAUGCGGAGGCGGAUGUUGCGGCGGGGCAGGCUGCGGUUGCACGACAGCGGGACGUGUGGCACGCCGCAUCUCGCGAGGUGGCCUGGGGCCCUUUGCUGGAGGCCUUGUUGGACGCAUCCGGUCCCCCGGCAACCCUGAACGUGGUGCUUCCCGCAGCUGCUGCGAUAGUACGCUUCAUGCCCGAAGUUGUACCCACAAGCUGCUGCGGUGCACUUGUGACGCUCCUGGACCCGCCCGCAGGCGUGUGUGGUGGGGGCCCCAACGGACAGCUGAUUGCGGGCGCGCAUGCCGUCUCGUGUCUCACGGCACUGGUUCCCAUCUGGCGUUCCGCCGCGCUGCAGCCGCAUUGGCGCGCGACUCGGGGAUCCACUCGCCUACUUGCGCACGUUCGCCGCUGUGUCACCGCGGCCGCCGCUUCUGCGGCGACUGCGGCCCAACUCAUGCGCAAUCCCGGGUCACACCCACGCCUAGUGCGGGCGUCACUACCUGAUAUGAGUUCCAGCGCCCCCGCCGCCGCCGCCGCUGGCGGCACAACCGGCUGUGGCAGCGGCGGCGGCGGCGGCUGCUUAGCUCAGCUCACCGCCGCGCUGCGUUUUACCCUGACUAUGGUUCACCUAGGUGGUGAAGUUCGCGCCGAUAUGCUGGAGCAGGUACGGCCAUGGGUUCUGCUACUGCUGGAUGCUCACCAAGCAGCUUCGGCCAUCGCCGCUGCUGCCGCCGCGGCAGCAAUGGACCCGCAAGAGCCUUCAGGGGGGGGACCUGGGAAGGCAGUUACUGGGGCUCGCAUCCGUGCUCACGGACUUGGCAUCGGCGUCGUCAGUGACAGUACUGUAUCGUACUUCGAUGGUCCGCUCAGGGCACAGGCACUGGUUCUGGAGCUGCUUCAGCUGCUUUCCACAUCUCGCCGCUUCUGGGCCGCAGUGCUGCGGCCAUCCCAGCCCCAGCCCCAAUCCCAGGCCAACAUCCCCGACGUUGCGGCGAUGAGGAAAGGAACACCCGGCGCCACCAGCGGCGUUGGCGUUGCCACUCGUAGUAGCGCUGGCUUGGGAUCUGCCCCCUCAGCAGUAGCAGCAGUAACCGUAGCAGCCGCUGGCUCUGGCAGGCCUGUGCUUAGUUGCAGGCUGCUUGCGGUGCUUGCGGAGCACCUGGGACCACCUCGCCGUGCUGCACCUCCCGGGGCCGGGUCACCCUCGUCACCGUCGCCGCCGCAGUUGUCGUCACCGGUUUCGGCGCAUCUUAGAGCCAGCGCCGCCCUGCUGUGCCAUCCGGGACUGUGGCGCCCCUCCGCAACGUAUCACGACGGGACCGUGGCUGGCGCUGGCGGAGCUGGAGCUGGAGGCGGAGGACCUGACCCCCUGGAGGCCGCCCGUUGCGCAGUCCUGGAGGCCGUCCUGGGCUACCUGGAACCGCACACCAGAGCCGACACCGGCAGCAGUAGCAGUAGCAGCAGCAGCUGCCGCGCGGCAUGGCCGCCAUCAACUGCCAUCCUGUCCGUCUUGGCCGCGGCGCUAAUGCCAGCUCCCAUACCGUACGGCAGCAAAGCUAUGGAGAGGGAGCUGCCGUACAGCUCGGUGUGGAGCAAAGCGCUGGCUCCAAUCUUGGCGCUGGCUGUCUGGGCCGUUCUUCAGGGCACCGCGGGUGGCGGCCUGAAUGCGGUUGCGAGUGUCGCGAACCCCGAUGUCCCUCGAGGCCCUCAGCAGGACAGAAGCGGCAGCGAAACCGGCGAUACAGGGGUGGGGAUGGCGGCGGUACCGGUAGCGGCCGGCGGUUUCGGGUUUGUUGGCGGCCCCACCGGCGUCCUCAAGGAGGUUGAGGGCGCUGCUGCGGAGGCGACGGGGUGGCUGCUGCUGCGGCUCCUUGCGCCGCGAGCGACCCGGGAGACGUUGCUGGCCGCCUGCGGCAUCGCCAGCUGCUGGGCCGCCGGCUGCAGGGACACACUACGCCCGGGACCCGGCAACACGGCACCCGCACCUGGCCGCGUGUCUACUACAUCUCCUGCCGCUGGUGUGCCCUCCUCACCCGCUGGUGCUUCUGCAGCGGCUGAUGCUGAUGCUGAUGCUGACUCGCCUACCUGGGAUUCGCGCCCUGGCACCCUGGCAGCCCUCAUCACCCGGGUGGUCAUGGAGCAAUAUGCAGCCCGCGGAGGCAGUGGCUUUGGUAGUGGAGGCGGAGGCUAUGCGGCGCUGGUCGUGAGCGCGCUCAAUUAUACAAGUUUGGGCGCCCUCUCAGAGACUCGGGCCCAGCCAGGCCCCCAGCGGCGGCUGACCUUGCUCAAGGUGCUCCUCGCGGCUGCCGCCAGCAUAUCCGCCGACGCCGGCGCCGGCACCCUUACCAGCAGACCUGGGCAAGGCUGUUCCGCACCCCCGGUGCCGUCCGUGGACCUUCAACGGCUCCUCGUCAACACGCUGUCCUGCUGUUGCGGUGAGCUGCUGGCUAGCCCGCUGCCGCCACCUACGGGGCCGGUGGGCCAUGCCCUGGUCCUACAUGCCUGUUUGGGCUCCAUGCUGGUCGCCGCGGGGCACCUACCACCGGGCGAACGGGCAGCAGCCGUGGUGUCGGCCCUUCCGGUCCUAAUGGCCGGAGCUGCCGGCUCUGCCGGGGUUGUACGGAAGAUGGCGGCGGCGGCGGAGGUACCGACGGCAUCGCACGUCGUUCACACCGCUGGCUCUGCGCUGCGUCUGUGUAGACAGCUGACUGCGCUUGCUACUGGUCCCAACCUCGACGACGCAGGUAUCGACGGAAUGUCGUCAUCACACCAGUCGUACCAGUCGUACGACCGUACACACGGCCAGGAGCAGCAGGGUAAAGGUGUGGGGCCGGCUUCAAUGGCAGCAGCUGCGUCGGCGGCGGCGGCGGGGGGGUUGGCGGCGAUUUCCCAUAGCCAGGAUAACCGAAGUCGGAUGGAUCCCUCCUGGGGUUGUUGGUGGUGGGCGGAGGCGGAGGUGGCGGCGGCGGAGGCGGAGGCGGAGGCGGAGGCUGCCGUUACUGGUGCUGUGACUGGACAGCGGAACGGGGUGGCCGCUGUUGGCGGCGGCUUACGCUAUGGUGGCGGCGGCGCGGGGGCCCCCGGCGGCUCGGACAGCGGCAGUGAUUUGGACGGUGACGCCGACGGCGACGUCAGCGGCGAUCCAGAGGACGAUGGCGGCAUCUAUGAAUGCUCGGCGGACAUGAGCUCUGGAGCGGCGCUGGCAGCUACGGCGCCGGCGCGCCUUUGCGGCGCUGUACGGCACCUCGUUUGGGCAGAAAUCCGAUGCGCCGCGACGGCGCUGCUCAGCUCAAUUUUCGGGGUGCUGCUGUCGGGCGGAGCGCCGCCGCCGCCGCCACCGCCGCCGCCGUUACCUCUGCAGCCAACGCAAGAGUGUUUAUGUGCAGCGGAGAGCCUGGCUGCGGAGCCGGAGGCCGGGGCGCCACUUUUUGGGUCGGCUGGGUGCGGCGGCGACGGCAGCGGUAGUGGCGACGGGUGCACCGUCGCCCCCUUCGCUCCGGCCGAGCUGCUCGGGGAGUUUUGUGACGCGACCUUCUCCUUUGGAGCCGCUUGUAAUGCUGAGGGCCAGGCGCCGGCAGCGGCAGCAGCAGUGGCGGCGGCGGCAGCAGUAGCAGCCCCUGCGGCGCUCAUAGCGGCGGGAUGCCCCGCCUUGGCAGCCAAGCUGCGCCAGGCGUUGCUACAGCCUCCGGCGGCUGCCAGUCGCGAUGUUGGCGUCGGCGGCAGUCGUGGAAGCAGCGAAGGUGGCAACGUCAGCGGUAGAACUCCCCGCAGUAGCAGCAGCAGCAGCGGUAGAGGCGGCGGUGGCGGAGGCGGCAGCGGUGGAGGAGGAGCCGCUGCCGCCGUCGCCGCCGCCGCAGCAGCAGUGGCGGUGGUGGCCUGGCCAAGGGUUAUCGAGGUGCAGCUAGGUGCCCGGGUUCCCCACGCCGCAUUCCGUACAGUGCUGGACUACCUGGUGCAGGGCUCGGCUCGUCUAACGCCGUACAAAGCGGCGGCGGCGACGGCGACGGCGGUGCGUGAGGGCCCAGCGGGCGAUGAUGCGCUGGCGGCGGCGGCGGCGGCAGCCGCAAAGCGGGAGGUAUCCUCUUUGGCACUGGCCCUCGGGCUCCCGGAGCUCCGUGCCACAGCCCGGAGCUCCUUUCCCCACCCGGGCAGUUCCCCCCCACACGCGACACCCUGCCUGCCGCCACUCCUGCCGCGGCACCUGCUAUUGCUGCCACCACAACCACAACCGUCGCCGCCGCUGCCGUCGCCACCGCCGUCACCGCCACAACGACGAGCAGCACACGAUACGUCGUCACCAUCGCCGCCGCCGCCGCCGCCAUCUCCGCCACCUCCGACACCGGCAGCAGCAGCUGCAGCAGCUGUACCGGCUGUGGAAACUGGAGAGCCCGUCACCAUCUGCAUGGGCAAGUACGGCCACGGCGGCGGCAUGGACGGGGGUCCUGGCGUUGACUUGGGUGACGCUGCCGGCGGCGACGACGGUGACGGUUGUGGCGGCGGAACCAAUGGCAAUGGGGUUUAUGCCGGCGGCAGCGGCAGCCUCAAUAAUGGCGAUGACCGUCGCUGCGGCGAUGGCAGUGACGGUAUCAGUAGCGGCGUUCAGCUCAUCUCGUCAUCACAUUUUUGCAAGCGUCGUAGCGUCCACUGGCGCCUGGAGGAGCAGUUGGCGGCAGUUGCGCGGUGGGAGCAGGAGCAGGACGAGCGCUCCAGGUGGGCUGGCCCAGCCGCCGCCUCCUCCCCAGCCUCCGUCGCCACAUCCGCAAGCGCACGAGCAGCAGCUGCGUUGCCACGUAUUCCCGCCGUGGAGGUUGGCUGCCUAGCGGGCGGUGCCGGAGACGGCGGAGGCCGCGGCAGAGGUGGUGGCAUACACGACGGCGGUAGUGAAGCCACCGGCACGAGCUCCACCCGCUGGGCUCACCCCUGCCCUUGGCCGGCGGAUUGCGUCCUCGCGGUGCCGCUUCUACGGCAGUACGGCAGUGCAGUACACCUGGCCGCCGCCAACGCCGCCUUUGCGGGCGCAGGGCCCCUGGGACCGGAUACCCUCGCGGCUAGAGGCGGGGCGAUGAGUGUUCUUGACGGUAGUGCUGGCGCUGGGGGGAGCGGGUGGGGGCCUGUCGGCGCUGAAUCCCUUGUCAAGGCCAGCGGCGGCGGCGGCGGCAGUACCGCUGCCGGCGACAAUUGCUCCAUCAGUACGACAGGAUGUCGUACCGUCCUGAUCCCAACGCAUCGGGUGAUCUUGGCGGCUGGGAGUGAAUACUUUGCGGCGGCACUGUCCGCAGACCGGUGGGGGGCCGGCGGUGGAGAGGGUGACGGCGGCGGCGGUGACGUAUACCUGCGGCCUGCCGCCGCCAUCCCUGCGGCCGCCAGGAACAGCACCCAUGGCGGCGGCGGUGGCAGCGGCGCCUCGGCAGCCGCUGUGGCGUUGCGCGUCAGGCUGCUUAGAGUUCCGGGCUGCGAUGCCGACACCGUCGUUGCCGUACUCCACUACUUGCACCACCGGCGGGAGCUGCGGUGCUGCGGCCCCCACCAGCGCCGCUACAAGGGCGAUGGCGAAGUAGACCAAGCCCUCAGCGGCACCGCCCAAGGCGGCCGGACGCCAACCCCUCCAGGGUCGUGCGCUGCAACCCGCCCAACUGCUAAGAAGAAACAUCCCAAGGUCCCGCCAUGUCCUGCUAGAACAGCAGCGGCGGCGGAGGCCGAGGUGGAGGCGCCAGGCCCGAGUCCCCACCAGGCUGCAGACGGCCACGGCGGUGCCGGCGGCAGCGGUGGCGGACUGAGUGUUGGCUGCUUGUUGACCGCGGUUCGUGACGGGGCGGUGUUGCAGCUGCCCUGGCUGAUAUCGGCAGCCGUGGAGGCUCUCACACAGCGAUACAGUUCAUCUGAGGCUCAGCAGGCGGAGGAGUGGGGGGAUCUUCCGGAGGGGCUGCAGCGGGCGGCACUGGACAGCUGGGCCAGGAAGGCGCGGGCCGCCGCUGCCGGCGCUGGAAGCCGGAGUAGUGGUGCGGGUAUGGGCGCGGCCGCGACGAAUUCCGGUGCCGUUAACUAUGUUUUCGAUGAACUUCUAUUUAGCAAAGACACGUGGGCUGAUUGGAAGCUCGAGAACCCUUUAGCAGACAUGAACCCUUCUGACCUUCUACCAAAGGCCAAGGAGAGAUUUUCCGGCUACGAUGAAGCCGAUUUUAACAGUCUCGAUGGACCAAAGUCUCGCUUGCCCCCCGGCCACAAGACAGCGAUCACCGGAGAUGGUCCGGAUGUAGACCCACUGGACGAUGAGAACUUGGUGGAGCCUGCAGCCAAAGCGGCCCAAUGCUCUACCUGUCAUGUGCUGGUGGCAGUGGUGUGGCACCGUCUCAUCGCUCGGCUACUCAGCGGGGAAACCCUAACACGGAACACUGUUGAGGAAUUGCUGCAGGAUGCAUGUGAAAAGGACGCUGUGGAUGUGAUGCUCCGCAAGCACACCAUCCUCAAAAUGGAGAGCGGCGGGGGAGCGGGCUCGCUCACCUUCUUUGUGGUGAGGGAGCGGAAGGACGGCGGCAGGGGCCCGGCUGCCACGGAGGCGGAGGAGGGCGCGGUGGAGCUGUCGUGCAAGGGCUUGGUUGAGGAGCACGGCAGCGACUUGACCGAUGUGAUCAUAACGCAACUGGCCAACUACCGGAGAGAGGCGCUGCGGCUGCUGGUCAAACACGACCGCGACGGCGGCAACACGCAAGACGAGCCCGUCACGGCGACGGACACCGAAGCAACGGCGCCGGCGCCUUCGGCAGCGACCAGCGGCAGCGGCAGCAGGGGCCAGCUGCCUCGUCUAGGCGGCGGUGGCCGCGGCGCAGCCGGCGCCGAUGACGACGAUGACUACGUCGAUCCGGAUGACCUGGAUGAGAAAGGGGAGGUCUUGCCGGGAGCUCGCGGCUCCAAGGGGGGGGUGCAGCAGCAGCAGCAGCCCGCCAAGACUGCUGCCGCGUUGCCCCUUCGGGUGCGGGGCCUGGUCAUCAAGGUCAAUCCUGACGAGCCCCGGUGUGAGGACCAGCACCACCUGUGCUCCAGUUGGGCGGCUGCGGGGGAGUGCAGCAAGAACCCCAACUACAUGAUCGGCACGGACAAGCACGGGGGCUCCUGCAGGAAGUCAUGCGGCGUGUGCCACCCGGAUGACCUGCUGUCCUCCAGCCCCAAGUUGUCCGCCGAGCUGGACUCGGUUUCCUCGGCCCUGCUGCUGGCCGUCAAGAACCUGGGUUGCGGGGCGGGGGGCCCGUGCCUGAGCGGGGUCAGUGGGAUGGCCAUGGGGUCCGGACUGCUCAAGCAGCACACAGCGGCGUACAAGAUGGCGACGACGCAAGUGGUGACGUCUGAGGGGUUGGAGGGCGGUCGGAAGGAGCUGCCGCCGGGGAUGAAGGAGUUCCCGGGUGGCUUCAUCCUGGGUAAGCCCUGUCACGGCGAGGUGGACCGUGUGCUGGCUCCCGCCCUGGCGCACCGGGUGAUGUCCAUUCCCUCCGACUUCUUCAUCUACGAGUACCUGUAUAAGAACCACACCCGGCACUACCACGAGACUCCAAACGGGGAUGUCACAGAGGACUGGCUGCUGGGUCGCUUCACCCGGGAGAGCGUGUCCCUCAUGAGCUCCAACACGGGGGAGGUGGCGGGACUGGAGGAGCUGGACCUGCUCCCAGGCAGCAGCCACGCUGAGCUGCUUAAAUCUAACACCUGGCCCUACGUCAAACAAGUCUACGCGGGCGGAGACGAGUGUGUGCUGGCGGGCGGGCGCCGAGUGGUUCGUCGAGUGGAGGCUCGCAUUGCCUGCUCCCCCGAUAAGCACAUCUACAUGCUGCUGUGUGAGCUUGACUACUACAAGCCCCGACCCAAAGCCACGGCCGGCGGCUACAGCAAGUCAGCGAGUGUAGCUGGGGCCGGUGGUGGCAGUGGUACGGAAGAGGGCGCUAGCGACGGCGGGCGAAAGCGACGGCGGAUGGCUGGCGGCGGCAGGACAUAG